GAAUGAUAACGCUUUUGUCGUCACAGCUGAUGAAAUUAAUUUAAAGCCUUGUUAAACAAAUUGCAUUUUUGUUCCUUUUUUAAUAAAAAUAUAAAACUAAUCACAUAAAUAAAUAAUAAAAAUGACUUUAGUACUUAAAGUUGAUUGUCGGGCAUGUAAUCGAGAAUGUGGUGAUUACAAACAUUUACUGGACGAGACGGUUAUUGAUGAUGAAUCAACCACAUUGGCUGCUUUACUACACUAUUGUACCACAUUGGAGUGUUUUGGAGAAAAUCAUGAGAAUGGCAUGCCUGAACACAUCUGCAAUAGCUGUGUGGAACACUUACUGCAAUCAUAUCUAUUUAAAGAAAUGGUUUUGCAAAAUGACCGGGCGUAUAGAGAACGUUUACAGGCGGUGGCAGAAGUUCAACAUACAAAGGAAGAAAUUGUUGAUACAGUUAUUGAGGAGGAGGAACAAAUUGUUGAACAAGAGAUCGAUGUAGGAGGAGCUGAGGAGAAUGCGGAAAAUACCGAAGAAUAUGUUUCAGAUACUGGUGAAGUUAUAGAAGUUAAUAAUGUGGAAGCAGAAUAUGAAUAUGAGGAAUGGCUGGAAAUAGAUGAAUCUGAUACAGAAAAUAAUAAACGAGCAAUGGAUGAUUCAAGAAGUAGUAACUGUAUUGAGAAUGAAGAAAGUAAUAGUGAAGAAAUAUUGGUUAAAAAUGAAGCAGACGAUGAGAAUAGUGAAUAUAUUUUAAGCACUGUAAAUGAUAGUGAAGCAGGCGAGGAGGAACUAAAAGGAUUUGAUGAUUCUAAGGAAAUGGAAGAGAAAGAUGAUAAUUGUGAAGUAGAGGUACUGGAAGAAGAAUCAAAAGUAAAAGAAGCAAAAAAGAUUGUUAAAAGAAAAUCUUUAAAGGGAAACACACUAACGGAAGCCGAUUUAACAUGUCAAUACUGUGGCAAAGUUUUCGAUAAAAUGUGUCGUCUGCGAGAGCAUAGCUAUGUGCAUACCGGAGAAAAACCUCAUGUAUGUAAAAUCUGUGGCAAAAAAUCUCGAACAAAAACCCAUUACAAUGUGCACAUGUUAACGCACAGCGAUGAAAAACGUUAUAAAUGUUCCAUAUGUGGUCAACAUUAUCGUACUUCGACUAGUCUGCGAGUUCAUGAACGUAAACAUAGUAACAUACGCCCGUAUGCAUGUGAAUUAUGCGAUAAAUCUUUUCAUACAGCCGAACAAAGGAAACUACAUUUUAUGCUGCAUACGGGAGAAAGGCCAUACAUUUGCGGUACUUGUGGGAAAUCCUAUCGUGAAAGUCAUUCUCUAAAAGUACACAUGAUGACACACGAAGAUGUAAAACCGUAUCAGUGUGAAGUUUGUGGUAAAGGCUUAACACAAAUGUCUGGCUAUAGACGUCAUAUGCUGUUACACACAAAUGAAUAUCCCUACAAAUGUGAUAUUUGUGGACGACCUUUCCGUAUUUCGAGUAAUUUGGCUGCCCAUAAACGCUUACAUUUAGAUGUACUGCCGUAUCAGUGUACAAAAUGUGAAAAAGCAUUUAAUAACUCGACUCGUCUGAGACGUCAUAUGGCACAACAUGAGCCAAAGGAAGAAGUGUUUAAACCUCGUAAGCCACGACAAGAUACGAUUAUUGUUGAAUCCAGAGUAGCCAAAUCAAAUGUGGUUGAGAUUAUUUAGAUAAAUAAAAUUUUAAGCAUUUUUUCUAUUGUUUUGUAUGAUAAGAUUAAUUACAAAUAUUUGUUUAUUAACUGUUAACUUUCUUAUUCACUUGCCAAAAACUAUGACAUCCGCGUCGUUCUGAGGGACUGAUUUUUGUAGAGCUUAUAUAAUUAGUAUUAAUUAUUUAAAACAUGUUUAAAGCGAUAUUAACAGACACUUUUUUAAAAAAAGUUGCAACCUACAGGGUGUAGUUUAAAAACUUAAUUGUUUCUUUGUGUCGCCCUGUUUAACAUUACUUGCACACAUUUCAUGUUUUAUACAGUACAUGCUGUAUGAUACUUUGAAAUGCUGUUCCAUGGGUAUUUAAUGCAAUCAGCGAUAUUGUCCUAUUAGUUUCUCUAUUUAAUUAUGUAAACCGAUUUACAAUGAUCCCAAAUUAUAAAAUUAGGCUUCAGAGUUUGAGUUAUUCGAUGAAAAAUUUCAACAUUUGAUGCCUCUAAUCUAUUAUCUGCCAACAUUUGUGGUGUGUUUUUAGCCAUUUUAGAGUUUGAAUACUCAAAUAGGGAUUUUAAUUUAAAAAUGGGUAUUUUUUGGGGACUUCCAACCGACAGUGGACCAUUCUACGAGAUGGCGGCCAAAAAUCUAUAACUUAAAUUAUAUUUAAAAGGUUGGUAAUCGUUUCUAAACAUAAAAGUAAAGGUUCGGUAAAGGAAUUUUAAUGAUAAAGGUAAUUUCGAGAGUUGUAAUGAAAAAGUCGUAUGUUUGUAUUAUAUAAUAUUUUAUGUUUUUUAGUAAAUACUUCUUCUAAAUAAGGCAGAUUUUCAUUUUCUAGAAGCUGUUUAGCUUCUUCGUUUAAUUCAAUAGGGGUACUUUUCCAUUUCCGUCGAGUAUUGGACAUGUAUGGAUGUGAAAUAGUGAUAGUGAUAUGGUCUUCAUUAGUGUAGAAUCAAGAAAAAAAAUUAACGAAAGCUCAAUUAGAAAAAUAUAAUAUAAAUAUAGGACCCAACAUUUUUCAAAUGACAGGUGCCCCGCCCUAGUUGGUCAAUUUUUUUUCUCAAUGUGUAAAUGGAUGUCAGAAUUUUCCGUGCAAAAUUUAAGGAUUCUAAGCUAUUAAAGUGUCAUAUAUAUACGAUUUUUAAUACUUAUUUUUAAUGUGGGUGUGGCACCUAGCUCAUUAAAUAAUUUGUUUUAGAAUAUU